AUGGGGCCCCUGUGUCCUUGCCCAAACUCAAAAAAGCCUAUGAAAAAGGUACCAGGGGCAUCUCAUGGGGCCCCCUACUGACCCCGGGCCCUCGGGCAGGGAUCAUGGGGCCCCUGUGUCCUUGCCCAAACUUAAAAAAGCCUAUGAAAAAGGUACCAGGGGCAUCUCAUGGGGCCCCCUACUGACCCCGGGCCCUCGGGCAGUGCCCAAGUUUCCAAAUGGUCAGUCCACCCCUGUUCUAUAGGUAGUUGUACUCAGCUUC